AUGAUCAACACCGAGCGAGAAGCGUGGGGGGAAAGCAUUCACCGCCCGACGACCACCCGCACGUCACCUCCCUUCAGCCUAGGCCACUCUGUUAUUCAGGAAUCCCUGAGAACAUCCACUGCGUCUGGUUUAAGGGACGAUUCUCUGGUCCUGGAUUUGCAUACCGCGAUCAUCCCAUACGCCAACCGAGUCCCCAAGAAUCACGACACCCCGCCAUCAUGCGUUCGGUCGUCUCUGACCGCCGCGCUCACGAUCUCCAACUUCGCUUCUCAGGCAUCGGAACGGCACAACACCCCACAAGUGGAAGCCCGCGACAGUCCCGAAUUGCUUCUUAACCCGUUGCACAUAAGCAGGAAUGAAAACGAGAAGGUGUUCAUUGAACCCUCCCGAAAUUCCGUUCGAGUCUCCAUCCGCAUCAAGCAGGCGGAUGAGAUCGAACACAUCCUGGUCCACAAGUUCACUCGCUUCCUCACGCAGCGAGCGGAGUCAUUCUUCAUCCUGCGCAGGAAGCCGGUUGAGGGCUUCGACAUCUCCUUCCUCAUUACAAACUUCCACACCGAAAAGAUGCUUACCCACAAGCUUAUCGAUUUCGUGAUUGAAUUCAUGGAGGAGGUUGACAAGGAGAUCUCCGAGAUGAAACUCUUCCUGAAUGCCCGUGCUCGAUUCGUCGCCGAGUCUUUCUUGACACCGUUCGAUUAA